CGUGAUGAGUCAUCACGUGAGCUUGUGACCGGAAGUUGGUGCCAAAGUGUCAUGGCGGCAGCAGACAGAUAUCAUUUGUGAGGUUUUUCGCUCACCACAAACUUUUCUCACCGGCUGACAACAGCAACAACAACAACAAGUAAGCAAGACAAAAAGAGAAAAAAACGGACAUGUUUGUUCAACAGCUUCGGUGAGAUGAAGCCGGAACUUGAUGAAAUCGUCUGAGUCAUCGCAUUUGGAGGUGGGUGAUGAGCGAAUGAUUGACGUCCAAGCUGCCCAGUCACGUGCUUCUUGUCCAAGAAGGAAAGCGUGCAAUCAAACUGCAAGCCGUCUCUAAGCCACCCCUAACUGAUGCACCUCGUGACUUCACUUCAGGAUACCACGCCCUCAGGCCACUUGAUUAGCGGCCGCCAUGUCUGCAGACACGCCCGCGACAGAUGCGACGCCGUUUAUGUCGGAUGACAGUGAGGCGGUGUCGACGGAGGAGGAGGAGGAGUGUCGGGAUGCGGUCCAGGGGGAGGAGCAUAGCAGCGGCGUAUCGCCCUUGCGGGCUGUGCUCACCGUCCUAAUCCUGUGUUUUGUCAACCUACUCAACUACAUGGACAGGUUCACCAUCGCAGGUGUCCUUCCCGACAUCGAGCGUUAUUUUGGGAUCGAUGACAGCAAAUCUGGUCUGCUCCAGACAGUCUUCAUCUGCAGUUACAUGUUCCUGGCACCGCUCUUCGGUUACCUGGGCGACCGCUACAACCGCAAGAUAAUCAUGAGCGUCGGCAUCACUUUCUGGUCCCUCGUCACGCUCGCCAGCUCCUACACGCCCAAGCAGCACUUCUGGGCCCUGCUGCUGACGCGAGGCCUGGUGGGUGUGGGCGAGGCCAGCUACUCCACCAUCGCACCCACCAUCAUCGCCGACCUCUACGUCAAGGACCGUCGCACCAACAUGCUGUCCAUCUUCUACUUUGCCAUCCCCGUCGGCAGCGGUCUGGGCUACAUUGUGGGCUCCCAAGUCAGCAACGUGACCAUGGACUGGCACUGGGCUCUGAGGGUGACGCCGGCGUUGGGUCUGGUGGCCGUGAUGCUCCUGAUCCUGGUGGUGAAGGAGCCAAAACGCGGCGCCAUCGAAGCUCGGCCCGAACGUCAGCUUCAUCAAAGCGGCUGGAUCGAUGACUUGCGAGCGCUGAGUAGAAACACGAGCUUCGUGCUGUCCACGUUGGGCUUCACGGCGGUGGCCUUCGUCACAGGCUCGCUGGCACUGUGGGCGCCCACCUUCCUGUUCAGGGCGGCCAUGUUUACGGGCGAGCGCGCGCCCUGCAUGGAGGCUCACUGCUCGUCCUCAGACAGUUUGAUUUUCGGUGCCAUCACGUGCGUGACGGGCGUGCUGGGCGUGGCCAGCGGCGUGCAGGCCAGCCGUCUGCUCCGAAGCCGAACUCCGCGCGCAGACCCGUUGGUAUGCGCCGCCGGCCUGCUGCUCUCGGCGCCCUUCCUCUACCUCGCCGUCGUCUGCGCCCAGGCCAGCACCGUCGCCACAUAUGUGUUUAUUUUCCUGGGCGAGACGUUCCUGUCCAUGAACUGGGCCAUCGUGGCCGACAUUCUGCUGUACGUGGUGGUUCCCACACGGCGCUCUACCGCAGAGGCGCUGCAGAUUGUCAUCUCGCACCUGCUGGGAGACGCCGGAAGUCCUUAUCUCAUCGGAGUGGUGUCGGACUCCUUGAGGAAGUCGGAUUCCUUCCUGUGGCAGUUUCGCUCGCUUCAACUGUCUCUGCUGCUUUGCGCCUUCGUGGCCGUCGGGGGCGGAGCUUUCUUCCUCGCCACCGCCCUUUUCAUUGAGCGAGAUCGACAGCGAGCUGAGAACUUGACAGCCGCAGAUGACGACGAGCCCAUCGUGGUGCCCAAAAGCGGGCGAUCCACUCUGGUUCCGGUGUCCAGCGUUCUGAUUUGAAGGGUUCUGAUUUGAAACUUUGCCUCCCCUCCUUCUCUCAGUGGAAGGAAGCGGCAGGAACUUUUAUCACGGUUUUUCCUUUUACAUUUUUUUGGGGGGGGGAGGCUGACGCUGAGCAAGAAGAAUCCAGUACCAAACUCGAAUGGCCUCCAGGUCCCAAAAAUGUUUUGUUGUUCUUUUAAACCAAGACCACUUUUAGGAUAUUCAACUUAUACGGUCUUUUAAUAUAGUCUUGACCUUUCUGAACUUGCUGACUUUUCUGCUUUUGUCCCGGUGUUGAACCUUCUCUUCGGCAUUUUGGUUUGGGGGUCUUACCGUGCGUGGUCUUGGCGGUCAGCCACUUUGCUGACUCUGUUUUUAGAUGAACUGAAUAAACCAAGCUAACUUGUUUACUUA